CUAUCAGUUGAGACUGUCUGAAACAGCUUCUGGAUCCACCGCGUUUCCAUUUUUUCUUUUUCGGGAGACCUCGGAUCACUCUGGAGUUUUUUUUUAUUAUUAUUUUUUUUCCUCGGAGAGAGAGAGCGAAAGAGGGAGAGAGAGGGAGAGAGAAAUAUUUUAGUCCAUGUCGAUCUGAUCUGUUGUUGGCGAGGGCUUUGGAUGCGCCUGCGUCUUGUUUGUUUCCCCUCACUCUCGCUCUUUAGUGAUAUGCUCUCCACCGCAUCAACUCCCCCCCACCCCCCAAAAAACCCCGACUAUGUCUAAGAUGAGAUGAGAUGAGCGGUGAAAAUCAUUUCCACGACUCUUGAAACGUCUGUGGCAGGAGAAGAGAAGAAAACGCAGGGAUACAUUACAUAUCAGAGGCGUGUGGUGCGCUCACACGGGACUUAUUUGCUUGGUUGCCGUCAGAGUUUAUUUGUUUUUUUGGUUUUGGUGUGCGUAAAAAGGCGCAACAAAGUAUCUCCCCCGUCCAAACAAACACGGCGAGAUUAGGGGGGAUUUUUUUUUUCCAGGGGGAGUGAACUGAAAACUUGGGUUUCGAGGUCUGCUUGCCUGCUGCUGCUGCUUGUCUUUCCCCCUGCCAUGACAGAGAUGAAGGAAGAUGAUCUUUGAUGGACACGAAGAUGUCAGGAGCCGGCCGAAUCCCUUCGUAAUUUUUGAGUGUUUUACCGGUGAAGCCAAUCCUGCUGUUAAGUCCUCAAAAGACAAGCCAGUUUGAAAGAGAAGAUUUUCCAGACAAUUUCUGCUCCGAGAUCAAACCCCCCCUCCCUUAACUCCCCGAAAAAAAAACGGGAUGAUUUUUCUCCACUGAUAGACUUGAUUUGUUUGUAAUUCCUGCAUGAGAAGCACCGUGGAAAGUGACGGUCAGUAUGCCGAGGAGAAAGCAGCAAGAGCCGCGGAGAUCAGCAGCCUACGUGCCGGAGGACGAGCUUAAGGCAGCCGCUCAUGAUGAGGAAGAGCACCUGCAAGAUGACGGCCUCUCAUUAGACGGCCAAGACACUGAGUUCCUGUGCAACGAAGAAGAGGAAGAUGUAGACGGAGGCCGACCAUCUAGCUACAGAGACUCUCCUCUCAGCAAUGGCACUAACCCUGAUGCUGGAUAUGGCUCUCCGCUCAGUGAUGGCAGUGAGAGGCUCACCGACUUCAAGAGCACCUCCUCCAGGGAUGGUCAGGAGAGGGAAGGAGGCACUUUGCCCUUCUGCCCCAACAACGGCAUGCCCCUGCAGGAUAGCCUGGCGCAGAUGAAAGCCGUCUAUGCAAACCUCAUCUCAGAUGCCUCUUGGUCCAGCAUUGCCAUGGACAUCAUGAAGUCUAAGCCUGCUGCAGCUGGCAGUGUCAACAGUGCCCUCACUGCAGCAGCAGCAGCAGCGGCGGCGGCGGCGGCAGCCACCUCUGCUGCCUCUGUCUCCACAAGUCCCACCAUAAACAAGAGCAGUGGGGUCAGCACAGCUAGCAGCCACCACAAUGGAAGGAGCUCCAGCACCACUGUCAACCACACGGGUAGUGGAAGUGGUAGCACUAAUGGUACAGCAGCUAGCUCUGUUAGCAGUGGAACCAGCAGCAGUGGGAGCAGCAGUGGUGUGGCUAGUAAUGGCAGUGGUGUGGCCUAUGAUUGGCACCAAGCAGCCCUGGCCAAAACUCUUCAGCAGACCCCAUACCACCUGUUACCAGAGCCCAGCCUCUUCAGCACGGUGCAGCUUUACCGGCAGAACAACAAGCUGUAUGGCUCCGUCUUCACCGGUGCCAGCAAAUUCCGAUGCAAAGACUGCAGCGCUGCCUAUGACACAUUGGUGGGACUGACGGUCCAUAUGAAUGAGACGGGCCACUACCGAGACGACAACAAGGACAAGGAGGAGGACCGGGGCAAGCGCUGGUCCAAACCUCGCAAGCGCUCCCUGAUGGAGAUGGAGGGGAAAGAGGACGCCCAGAAGGUGCUGAAGUGCAUGUACUGUGGCCACUCAUUUGAGUCUCUGCAGGAUCUCAGCGUCCAUAUGAUCAAGACCAAGCAUUACCAGAAAGUGCCUCUUAAAGAACCGGUGCCAGCCUUGGCCACUAAACUGGUACCCUCUUCGGCCAAAAAACGAGCUCUCCAGGAUGCCAUAGUCUCCCCGUGCUCCCCAGACUCUGUCCAUGCUGGUAGUGGUGGGGGUAACUUGUCCCUUGGGGAUGCUGGCAAAGAUCCAAAAGCCACAGCUAACCCUUAUGUUACACCAAACAACCGCUAUGGCUACCAGAAUGGUGCCAGCUACACAUGGCAGUUUGAAGCCCGUAAAGCCCAGAUCCUCAAAUGCAUGGAGUGUGGGAGCUCUCAUGAUACACUGCAGCAGCUGACCGCCCACAUGAUGGUCACGGGUCAUUUCCUGAAGGUCACAAACUCUGCAUCCAAGAAGGGCAAACAGCUAGUGUUUGAUCCAGUGGUGGAAGAAAAGAUCCAGUCCAUUCCUCUGCCACCGACCACUACCAGGCUUCCUGUCCCCAGUACUGUUAAGUCCCAGCCAGUGUCCCCAGCCCUUUCCUCUGGCUCAGAAGAAAAGAGGGAAGGAUGUGAGGAUGAAAAGAUGGAGGGUAGUGAACUAGGGGAGAAAAAAAUCAAGGAGGAGAGAGAGGACCCAGGUGAGAAAUCUGAAGCUGAUGCCACGUCGUAUAAAUAUCUCAGAGAAGAAGACCUAGAGGAGACGCCCAAAGGUGGGUUAGAUAUUCUCAAGUCCCUUGAGAACACUGUUUCCAGUGCCAUUAGCAAGGCUCAGACUGGCACACCAACAUGGGGCGGCUACCCCAGCAUUCAUGCAGCCUACCAGCUACAGGGCACCAUGAAGAGCUCCACCACUGUUCUGCCCCCAACGGUUCAGAGUGUCCAAAUGCAGCCGAUGUUUAACAGUGGGCUUCGAGGCCUUGUGACUGACCCAACCUCAGUCAUCCACUCCCCUCGGAGCCCUUCCUCCCCUCCCCCACUCAGGAGCAACGUCACUGCCAUGGAGGAGCUUGUGGAGAAAGUGACAGGCAAAGCUGCCACUGUGAAGAAAGAGAAAGAGGAGAGGAUGGUGAGCCUUGAUCGCUGCCGGCCCCCAUCCUCAGUUAAAUCCCCUUCUCCUGCACUGAGAGAGCAGAGAGAGCAAUUAGCAUCUCCAAAUGACCUCUCUGUAGGUAAACCACCUAUUGUGAGGAACAGCAGCCCUGGAAGUGUAGAGUCAGAGCUCAUCUGCAAGAAAGAGCCCAAAGAGAGCCUGGUGGAUGGCCACAACAGCCACUCGAAGAAUGGUUCUGAGGCCCGCCAAUCCCCGGUAACCAAUGGUAACAGUCUGGGCAUCAUCACCGAUCACUCACCAGAGAGGCCUUUCAUCAACCCUCUCAGCGCACUCCAGUCAAUCAUGAACACACACCUGGGUAAGGCCUCCAAACCAGUCAGCCCAGCUGCAGAUCCACUGUCCAUGCUUUACAAAAUCAGCAACAGCAUGAUGGAUAAGCCAGCUUUCAACGCCACCCCUCAGGCCAAGCCAGCCGAGCCCAUCAACCACUACUCGUUCUACGAGAGCAACGACCAGCCCAUAGACUUGAGUAAAACAAAGUCUGCCACUAACAGCAACAACAACAAUAACAACAGCAGCAGUGCACCUGUGAAUAGCAUUAGUGUCAAUGGUAACAAGCCCCUCCUCUCUCUCCCUGACUCAGUCUCCUCUCCUCUGAGGGAGAAUGCUCUGAUGGACAUUUCUGACAUGGUGAAGAACCUCACAGGAAGGCUGACGCCUAAAUCUUCCACUCCAUCCUCUAUCUCAGAGAAGUCGGAUGCAGAUGGCAGUGCAUUUGAGGAUACCCUGGAGGACCUCUCACCUGUGCAGAAGAGGAAAGGGAGGCAGUCCAACUGGAACCCCCAGCACCUCCUGAUCCUCCAGGCACAGUUUGCCUCCAGCCUAAGAGAGACCCCUGAGGGACGCUACGCUAUGACCGAUCUGGGCCCCCAGGAGAGGGUUCACAUCUGUAAGUUCACAGGCCUCUCCAUGACCACCAUAUCCCACUGGCUGGCCAACGUCAAAUACCAGCUGAGACGGACUGGGGGCACCAAGUUCCUGAAGAACAUGGACUCGUGCCAGCCUGUGUUCCUCUGUGGUGACUGUGCCUCCCAGUUCAGGACUCCCUCCUCCUACAUCAGCCACCUGGAGUCUCACCUGGGCUUCAGCUUGAAGGACCUGUCCAAACUGUCAGCUGAGCACCUACGGGAGCAGCAGGCUGUCUCAAAGGUGAUCACAGACAAAAUGACAUUCGGCAGCCCCCUGUCGGCCUUGAGCACACCAGAGGACGACACAGGCUCUGUGUACCAGUGCAGACUUUGCAAUCGGACAUUCGUCAGCAAACAUGCGGUCAAACUACACCUCAGCAAGACCCAUGGCAAGUCUCCAGAGGACCACCUGGUGUUUGUCACCGCGUUGGAGAAACUGGAGAAGCUAGACAAGUUGGAGAAAGUUUAAAUGGGGUCUUGUGUUGAGAGUAGAGACUGACAGCUGUGGAACUGACCAGAAUUUCAUUGCACUAAAAUGACAUUGUUCACAGUUACUGCACUGGGCCGAACUGAGCCACCAGAGAAAAAAAAAAAAAAUCAGUCUUAUUAUUUUUUGUUGUGAUAACUGCCUGACUGGACCAUGUCUUUUCAUGUUAAUUUGUUUUUGUUUUGCCAAGCUUUUUUAACACUUAUUUUGUAAUAUAUUUAUAUGCUAUUUGUCUGAUCUGUGCAUGUAUUUUAGUGAAUCAAGGUUAAACAUGAGAUUUUAAUCUUUUCAUGGCAAAAAAUACAACUACUGCUUCAAUGGUAACUAAAGUGGUGAGUGAAAAAUGAAUUUGGGGGGAAAGAAACUGUAUAAUACUUGAUAUGAAGAUGGUGAAAAUUAAAUGUAUACACCAAAAGAAUGGAAGAUUAUCCUGAAAGAAUGAAGUAGCACCUUAGACAGUUGAAUUUUGAAUUUGUAAAGAGAACAUGUUUUGAAAUAUCCUGCAUUUGUCAAAAUCAGAUUGAUUUAAAAGAUCAAGGAUUAUAAUUUUCCCCGUCCUUUUUGAGUUCCUGUCACUGCAAUGUUUUUUGAUGAUGAAUGGCCUGCUCAGAAAUCUGUCAGUGUAUUGGAAAAAGAAACAGAUCAUGUGAACAUUUGGAAAAAUUGAAAUGCUGCUUCUGGUUACAAGUCAAUCAGUGAAAAUGAAUGGCCGUCAGUAUGCAAGUUUGCUCAAAAAACUUUUUCUUGAUGUGAAGUAUCACCUUAUAGCAAUUUUCCAGUUGUAUGGUUUGUUACAACUUUCUCUUUCUAAAUCGUGUCGCUUUAUUCAACUGUAAAGAGAACAGUCCGUUACAUGUAAAUGAUUACCAGUGAAAUGUCAGUACUCCAUAAGACAUAUCUUACCAUUUGAAACAGCUCAACAUUCUUUGUAUCUUAAGGUGUGUGCAUUCUCUAACUUUUAUAUUGUCAUUUUAUAUACAAAAAUAAUAAAAAAGAAAAACAGAUGGUGUAUAUAGAUAUAUGCUGUAGAGCUACAAAAUGUCCUUUUUUAAAGAAAAUACAAAUUUAGCUUCUUUGGCUUGGUUUACAGAAAUGAUUUUAAUUAUACUUGCAUCCAAUUUGAUGCAUGAUAUGGUGUGAAAAAUAAAUAAGCGAUGCACAAUGACUAUACAUUUCAAUGUUUUAUCGACAAUAUUGUAAAAAAAAAAGAAAAAAACAACUUUUUAGCACCAAUUAGUUUGUUUCAUUUCAUUUCUUUCUCAAUUGUAAAAUAAACCCCAAAGCAGUUGUUAACAGUCA